ACAUUUUUGUCCACACGUGAACUUACCAGAGGUCACAGAUCUGCUGCUUCCAGGAAGUAGCGAGAGACAAACUCAGUUGCUUGAGAGAGCAGUGGUUCAGAAGUGCAUGGGAUGUCACGGACCCAAGGCCUAUCUAGGUUUCAGCACUCCUCUCUACCAUGAUCAACACUUACCACACCAGCCUGGCUCCACCGCCGGUGCCUCCGCGCCUCGGCGCGUCCCAGCCGGUCCUCAUCCCGGCUCCACUUCCAUCACGAGGCCACAGCAAGUCUCUCGUCCGGUUUUUGCUUGGUGUAGUGUUGCUACAUUUAUUUCUGUCGGUCGCAGGAUUCAUCUAUCUGUACCACAAUGACAUAAAGCUUUCAUUUCAGCAUCCCUCAGGUAAAGGAAAUUUUGCUUUUAUCUCAGCAGAAAAGAAGGAAACUUCCGACAAAGCCUUGGCACGGAUGGUAGUCACACAGAAAUUACACACAUCAAGUCAGACAUCUGAGCUGGGUUAUCUCCAGUGGGAUAUGAGCCACUCAAUUCUUAGGAACAUCAGACCCUACUACAACAGUUGGCUGACUAUCCUGCAGCCUGGCGACUACUACGUUUACUCCAGGGUGACCUUCUCCAAAGGCGACUCGGUGCGCGCACUGGUCAGCAGGGUGAAGCUGAGGGAUAAUGAGACAGGAACGGAGAAGGUUGUGAUGCAGGCCUACUGCAACCUGAACGUCAGCAAAUCACCCAUCCCUCACCUGUGCACGGCCACACAGGGAGAGUUGAUCACACUGGAGAAAGGAAACCAGCUAAGCCUUUGGGUACAAGACCUUUCACUGGUGAACUAUGAGGAUGGAGCAACAACCUUUGGGAUGUACAAACUGUAGGACUCCUAUGUGGACACAUGUAUGCACUUAAGCUAAAAAGUGGGAACUCAUUAAGUGGAUCUACUUGGAUUUAAAUCUUCUGAGAACACUGUUAAAUAGACUGGAUUUCUGAUCUUUUUUUUAUGGAUUUCAGAGACAACACUCCUAAAGUAUAAUUUAUUACUAAAUCAGAAAUAUAACGUGGAUUUUUGUGGCAGUAUUGUGAAUGGUUGUUCUGUAUUUAUUGAUGUAAAUGAGUUUGCAUUGCUGUGAAAUGAAACUUUGAUAUUUAAUCUAAAAGAUUUCUUCUCUUUUCCUCACGUCGUCUUGCAUCUGCUCUAUUUCAGGUGCUAGUUACACAUCUUCGACUGAAAUCAAGACUACAAAAAGCGUGUGUGCAUGUCCUAGUAUGGCGCAUAUCUGUAUGAAAAUGCAGAAUAUUUUAAAUGGCGUUAAGGAAAGAUGUGCAGACCGUUUAUUUAAAAAAAAAAGGUUUUAGUCCUAAAAAAGAAAAUCUGCAUUGAUAUGUUUGAUGAAUCACAAUUACUAAUACCCAGAUUAGUCACCAGUAAACAAAGACUACCACUACUCAACUGACAUAUCUAAAAGACUAAAAUCAUCUUUUGCCACAUUUGCUGUACAACGCAUAACCUGCUGCAUUUUCUUGCUAAGUCAGUACCACAAUGGUUUUAAAUUUCUAGGAUGCAGAAAACCACAUAGCAAUGAUGUAUUUUCUGCAAACAAGGCCACCAAAGAUGUAGGUUACCACUCGAGAGGUGGUAAUAAUACUCAGUACUAAUGGCCGUUUUGAUGUAUAUAAAGAAACAUUUGCAUUCAUCUGCAUGUUGUUUUCACUGGUACACAAAAUAUCUUCUCUGUGAUAAGCAAAUGCAGUGUCCACGUCUGAUUAUUUUAAGGAACACACCUUAAUUAACUCGAUAAUUACAGAUCAGCCUUUUACUGUUGACAAUUUGUCACAGACUUUCUACUUUUGUGAUGCAUUUGGCCUUCUUUCCAGGCAAUGACUGCUUACCAUGCAUUUCCCUAUGUUAUAUGAAUCAUUCAUCAAACUCUUGAGACUG